GCUGUGAGGAAUUGGGGGGAGCCAAACUUUGCUCAAAACUGCGCUCACUUGGGACAAACUGUGGAUACGUCUGAGUUCGUCAGAAGUUUGUGGAGAGCGAGUCACGAGGUCUCGGCACUUUUCUGAGCUAGAGCCGUGCGAGGAUGGGUGACUGGAGUGCUCUCGGGCGCCUGCUGGACAAGGUGCAGGCCUACUCCACCGCAGGGGGCAAGGUCUGGCUGUCCGUGCUCUUCAUCUUCAGGAUCCUGGUUCUGGGGACAGCUGUGGAGUCGGCCUGGGGGGAUGAACAGUCUGCCUUCAAGUGCAACACGCAGCAGCCUGGUUGUGAGAACGUGUGCUAUGACAAGUCCUUCCCCAUCUCCCACGUGCGCUUCUGGGUUCUGCAGAUCAUCUUUGUUUCCACACCAACGCUGCUCUACCUGGCCCACGUCUUCUACCUGCACCGCAAAGAGCAGAAACUCAACCGCAAGGAAGAGGAGCUGAAGGUAGUGCAGAACGAUGGAGGAGAUGUGGACAUUCCGCUGAAGAAAAUCGAAAUGAAAAAGCAGAAAUAUGGCAUUGAGGAGCACGGUAAAGUCAAGAUGAAAGGAGCCUUGUUGAGGACGUACAUUGUGAGCAUAUUCUUCAAGUCUCUGUUUGAGGUGGGCUUCUUGGUGAUCCAGUGGUACAUCUAUGGCUUCAGCCUGUCUGCUGUGUACACGUGCGAGCGCUCCCCAUGUCCUCACAGAGUGGACUGUUUCCUGUCCCGGCCUACAGAGAAAACCGUCUUUAUUAUCUUCAUGCUGGUGGUGUCCCUGGUGUCUCUUCUGCUCAAUGUUAUCGAGCUCUUCUAUGUUUUAUUUAAAAAUAUCAAGGAUCGUGUCAAAGGUCAGCAGCUGCCUCCUGCACUUUUUCCUGGUGGUACCAUGAGCACUUCUCCAAAAGAAUUGUCCCCCACCAAGUAUGCCUACUAUAAUGGCUGUUCCCCCCCCAGUGCGCCUCUAUCCCCUCCAGGAUACAAGCUAGCCACUGGUGAGCGGGGCACAGGCUCUGUCCGAAACUACAACAAACAGGCCAACGAACAGAACUGGGCAAACUACUCCACCGAGCAGAGCCGGCUGGGGCCGACCGGUGGAGGUAGUACCAUCUCCAACUCACACGCACAGGCCUUUGACUUCCCUGACGACACAGUGGAGCACAAGAAAAUGUCCCCCCCAGGUCCCGAGCUGCACCCCCUGUCCUUGCUGGAUCCCCGGCCCUGCAGCCGCGCCAGCAGCCGCAUGAGCAGGGCCCGGCCCGACGACCUGGAUGUGUGAGCACAGUCAUGAGAGAGAGCUCCAGAGGUGUAUGUAACACUGUCAAAGGUACAAUUCUGAACUACCUUUAGUGGCACUAACAGAGGAAACCAGGAGGACUACACACUUCUUAGACUAGUCACUUCUACCGCUGGAUAUUGUUUUGUCCAUAUACACUACAUUAAUACAUUGUCUGUACAUAUGCCUUUAGUACUCUUAUCUUUAUGUUAACUAACCAUUUUCGCUGAUGACUUUGGGUUAUUGGUCUUUAUUGAAAAAACACCCCCUAAGAUAAAAAAGAUAUGUCCUAUCUAUGUAAUGUAAAGCACAAAUAUAUGCAGAACAACCCCUGAGCCACGAUGGCACUAAAGACGUAAAGAACAAAUACAAAACUGACACAUUAAAUUUGACUUAACAAAUCUAAACAAGGCCAUCUUUUCCACACAGACAUGAUGCCAUACUGACAUGCAUAAUUCUUCAUUUCUUUCAGCUUUUAUAGUCAAAGACAGGCAUUAUACCAUAUCUCAACAGUUUGUAAACAGCUAAUCUCAAAGACAAUCGGCUUCUAUGGGUGAAAUCUGGUAAUAGUUACAUUUUUUACAUGAAUUAUACUCAUGGUUUACAUGAUACUCAAAAUCCUUAAACUGGAACUUUUUUAUGCUGACAUGGUCCAAGAGAGAACAUAUUAUUGGUUUAUAGAUGAUGAUUUUGUUAUUUCUUGAAGCCACUACCAGUAAAAUGUGAGCACGGACAAAAGCAAUCUCAAAGUGCGUAUUUAUUCGGAUGAUUCUGAUGUUCUGUUACUUCCUGAGAGACUUGGAAUUUACGUGCUGUCAUCCUGUGUUAUUGUUUCUUGUUUUCACCUGUGUCUUUUUGAUGAUGUAAGUUUUGCUGCUUAAAGAUAGAUUUAGUACUGUAUCCAGCUAACUGCAUCACUAAACCUGUCCGUUUGUAGAGGACUGCCUAAACAUCAAGACUAAUAUUUAGUCAGCUCACAAACAUUCUCCAUAGAUUCAACAAGCUCUUGAUCCAGUCCCAGUUGUGGAUUCUUCUCUUUCAUUUGAACUUCUAGUAAUGUUAGCUUUGAUUUGGGUACGUCUGUGUUUGUAGUUCUGUCAUGGAUCUUCCAGCUGUAAUGGCAUUUGCACUGAGAUUCUGGUGAGAUGUUCUAUAAGGCACACAGUGAGUGUUGAUGUUACUAAUUUAUUUGAUGCAGUGCCUAAUACCUGAAGUGUCUGGAGGAGAGUUCUUCCACUGAGCUGAAGACUCUGCUUAUUGUGAUCCACUGUUACAAUGUAACAGCAUGAUACUGUAGAUUCAAACUGUAUUUGUGGAUAAAAUGUUUUAACCAAUAAAAUGUGUCUUUCCUAAA